AAAAAACAAAAAAUGUGUUAAACAUAUAGUACUGUAAAAUAACAACAAUAACAACAAACAAUUGGUUUACCACUUCUUCUUCGUCAUCAUCAUUAUCAUCGGUGGUGACAGUGAUUAUACAAUAGUCAAAGACAUUUGUGUUGUUUUUGUUUUAUUGUUGAAAAAAAACAACAACAAUCACUUCAAUAAUAAUAUUAUAAGACAUCAUCGGCGGUAACGGCGACAGUGACGACCCAUCAAAAAAAAGACCUGAAAUCUGGAUCAGAUAUAACUGAUCUGAUGAUGUAAUUUGCUGUCUGUGUGUUCGUGUGUGUCGUCAUUGUGUCGGUUGUUGUCGUCAUCGUCCUCGACAUCGACCAAACACUAUCAACAACAACAACAACAACAACAACAAACACCAAUCAAAGCCAUCCAACUGAAGACAAUCAAUCAAAUCAAUCAAUCAAAACAUAUGUUUAUAUAAGAGAUGUCGCUAUCAUUUGAUACGUUGAUCCACUUGUUUGCCGGCGGUGUCGGCGGAACUAUCGGUGCAAUAGUCACUUGUCCACUGGAAGUGGUCAAAACGCGGCUACAGUCGUCGGUAGCCUGUUUUAGCGCACAUCAUGUACUGACACCGACCCUAUCGGCGGCAGCGGCCACUACCGCUGCCGGUAGACAUCAUCAUCAUCACCAUCAGUCAAAUCCGUCAGUCAGUCUCUGGCGCUGUAUUCGCCAUAUUGUCGACACUGAAGGUCCUAAAUCAUUGUUCAAAGGUCUGGGCCCUAACCUGAUAGGAGUGGCGCCUUCCAGAGCCAUUUAUUUCUCAACCUAUUCGACAGUCAAGAGCUCCUGUAACCAGAGUUUUCAAACAGCGGAUACACCAUUGGUUCAUAUGGUAUCGGCUGCCAGUGCCGGGUUUGUCUCCUGUACGCUAACUAAUCCCAUAUGGUUUGUCAAAACUAGGCUACAAUUAGAUCAAAGUAAAUACGGUGCGACCACUGCCUGGAUAUGUAUUAAAGAUCUAUACAAACAGUCGGGCGUCCGGGGCUUCUAUAAGGGCAUAACCGCCUCCUAUUUCGGUAUAAGCGAAACAAUCAUACAUUUUGUUAUCUACGAGUAUAUCAAAGCCAAACUCAAAGAGGUACAGCUUCGGCGGCCGGCUCACGGCAGCGCCAGUAGUAGCCAAUCGGAAGCGGCCAAAAAUCUAUUCUUUUUCCAGUAUAUGGCUGCGGGAGCCGUAUCCAAGUCGUUCGCCUCAAUACUAGCCUAUCCGCACGAAGUGGCCAGAACUCGACUUAGAGAAGAGGGACAAAAAUACCACAGUUUCGUACAAACCAUUUAUCUUGUCUGGCGUGAAGAGGGCGUAAAAAAUGGUUUAUAUAGAGGACUGGUCACGCAAUUAGUUCGUCAGAUACCGAAUACGGCUAUUAUGAUGGCUACCUAUGAAGUGAUAGUCUAUUGCAUGAAAUCAUUGCAGACAUCUCAUUCAGCACUCUAGUCAUCCAUCAGCAGCAGCACCUCCUCCUCCGCCUCCUAUUCCUCACUCUAAAGGUCUAAUCUC